UUCUCAUUAAGCCAAAAUUCAGGAAAAGGAAACUUCUGAGAAACCGAAACUGCUGGAGAAAGGGCGGACCCACAGAGCUCUUCAUCCUUACCCCUCACUGCUGGUUUUGCCCUGCACCAUGAACCACACUUCUCAAGCCUUCUUGACUCCUACCAACAAAGGGCAGCCCCCAAACUAUGAAAGAAUCAAGGAAGAAUAUGAGGUGGCUGAGCUGGGGGGCUCCCAUGGCUCAACCUCUGUCAGAACCACCGUGAUCAACAUGCCCAGAGAGGUCGCUGUGCCUGACCAUGUGGUCUGGUCCCUGUUCAAUACGCUCUUCUUGAAUUUCUGCUGCUUGGGUUUCAUUGCCUAUGCCUACUCUGUGAAGUCUAGGGACAGGAAGAUGGUGGGCGAUGUGACUGGAGCCCAGGCCUACGCCUCCACUGCCAAGUGCCUCAACAUCAGCGCCCUGGUCCUCAGCAUCCUCAUGGUUGUCAUUACCAUCAUUGCUGUCGUCUCCAUUAUGGUUUCUGCUGGUCGUCUUUACAUUUAGUAGAGGAUUCUGGCUUUUGGUCCUGACAUGUGCUGCCACCAUCCACAGCUGCUUUGCUCCUUUACUCCUCCCUAUAUAGAGGUUAACACUCACCCAUCUGUCCAUCGUGGAUUCAAUAAAGUACACAUGGUAGUUACUGUG